GUUGCGACUGCAGGUGAGUUCCGGGCCGCCGCCGGCUGUUUCGGGGGGCCGGGCCUCUCCGAGCAGGGGCUACCCCAGCCUGGCUCCCGGCCGGCUGGGGCCUGGCCCUGCCAGGUGCGCAGAACGCCGCUGCCAGGUUCCCUGCCAGAGGCCUGCACUCACCCCAGCCGGCGCAGCACCCCACCACUGUCGGCUGUCCACGGAGAAUGCAGAUGUCAACUGCUUCCUGGGGGUGGCACUCUACACAGAGGUAGGCCCACAGCCUGCCCGUCUGAAGCACGGACCGAGGAGGAAAGUCUUUUAGGUGAGCCCAGGCCAGAAUGGGGGACUCCAAGGACCUUUGCCCUCACCUUGACUCCAUAGGGGAGGUGACCAAGGAGGACUUGCUGUUCAAAUCUAAGGGAGUCUGUCAGUCGUGUGGUGUUACUGGACCCAACCUGUGGGCCUGUCUCCAGGUCUCCUGCCCCUAUGUUGGCUGCGGAGAAUCCUUCGCUGACCACAGCACCAUUCAUGCUCAGGCGAAAAAGCAUAACCUGACAGUGAACCUGACCACAUUCCGGGUGUGGUGUUACGCCUGUGAGAAGGAGGUGUUCCUGGAGCGGAGGCUGGCAGCGCACCCAGCAGGCCCCUCACCCAGGGUCUCGGAGCAGGACUCUCCACUGCCCUCCCACCCUCUGAAAGCUGUCCCUAUUGCCGUGGCCGACGAAGGAGAGUCUGAGUCAGAGGAUGAUGACCUGAAGCCUCGAGGCCUCACGGGCAUGAAGAACCUCGGGAACUCCUGCUACAUGAACGCUGCCCUGCAGGCCCUGUCCAACUGCCCUCCACUGACCCAGUUCUUCUUGGAGUGCGGAGGCCUGGUGCGCACAGACAAGAAGCCAGCCCUGUGCAAAAGUUACCAGAAGCUGGUCUCUGAGGUCUGGCACAGGAGACGCCCAAGCUACGUGGUUCCCACCAGCCUGUCUCACGGGAUCAAGUUGGUCAACCCGAUGUUCCGAGGCUAUGCCCAGCAGGACACCCAGGAGUUCCUGCGCUGCCUGAUGGACCAGCUCCACGAGGAGCUCAAGGAGCCCGUGGUGGCAGCCGCGGCGGCGCUGGCAGAGGCACGGGACUCGGACUCCAGCGACACGGACGAGAAGCGGGAGGGUGACCCGAGCCCGUCAGAGGACGAGUUCCUGUCCUGUGACUCGAGCAGUGACCGGGGUGAGGGCGACGGGCAGGGCCGUGGCGGGGGAGGCUCGCAGGCCGAGGCGGAGCUGCUGAUCCCCGACGAGGCGGGCCGCGCCAUCUCCGAGAAGGAGCGCAUGAAGGACCGCAAGUUCUCCUGGGGCCAGCAGCGCACCAGCUCCGAGCAGGUGGACGAGGACGCCGAUGUGGACACGGCCAUGGCCACCCUUGACGACCAGCCCGCGGAGGCUCAGCCACCAUCGCCGGGGUCCUCCAGCCCCUGCCGGACCCCAGCCGCGGUCCCCUCUCUGCCCCCAGAGCCAGACAACGAGGCCCACAUGCGCAGCGCCUCCCGCCCCUGCAGCCCUGUGCACCACCAUGAGGGCCACGCCAAGCUGGCCGGCAGCCCGCCCCGGGCGAGCCCCGUGAGGAUGGGGCCAUCGUACGUGUUCAAGAAAGCCCAGGUGCCGAGUGCCGGCAGUCGCAGACGGAGGGAGCAGCGGCACCGCAGCGUCAUCUCCGACAUCUUCGAUGGCUCUGUCCUCAGCCUCGUGCAGUGUCUCACCUGUGACCGGGUGUCCACCACAGUGGAGACGUUCCAGGACCUGUCACUGCCCAUUCCUGGCAAGGAGGACCUGGCCAAGCUGCACUCGGCCAUCUACCAGAACGUGCCGGCCAAGCCGGGUGCCUGCGGGGGCAGCUAUGCCACCCAGGGCUGGCUCGCCUUCAUCAUGGAGUAUAUCCGGAGGUUUGUGGUAUCCUGUACCCCCAGCUGGUUUUGGGGGCCGGUCGUCACCCUGGAAGACUGCCUUGCUGCUUUCUUUGCUGCUGAUGAGCUGAAAGGUGACAACAUGUACAGCUGUGAAAGGUGUAAAAAGCUGCGGAACGGGGUGAAGUACUGUAAGGUCUUGCGACUGCCCGAGAUCCUGUGCAUCCACCUGAAGCGCUUUCGGCACGAGGUCAUGUACUCGUUCAAAAUCAGCAGCCACGUCUCCUUCCCCCUCGAGGGACUUGACCUGCGUCCAUUCCUUGCCAAGGAGUGCACGUCCCAGAUCACCACCUACGACCUGCUCUCGGUCAUCUGCCACCACGGCACGGCAGGCAGUGGCCACUACAUCGCCUACUGCCAAAACGUGAUCAACGGGCAGUGGUACGAGUUCGACGACCAGUAUGUCACCGAGGUCCACGAGACGGUGGUGCAGAACGCCGAGGCCUACGUGCUCUUCUACCGGAAGAGCAGUGAGGAGGCUGUGCGGGAACGGCAGCAAGUGGUAUCCCUGGCUGCCAUGCGGGAGCCCAGCCUGCUGCGGUUCUACGUGUCUCGAGAAUGGCUCAACAAGUUCAACACGUUCGCCGAGCCGGGGCCCAUCACCAACCAUACCUUCCUCUGCUCCCACGGAGGCAUCCCACCCCACAAAUACCACUACAUCGACGACCUGGUGGUGAUCCUGCCCCAGAACGUGUGGGAACACCUGUACAACAGGUUUGGGGGCGGCCCCGCUGUGAACCAUCUGUACGUGUGCUGCAUCUGCCAGGUGGAGAUCGAGGCGCUGGCCAAGCGGAGGCGGAUCGAGAUCGACACCUUCAUUAAGCUGAACAAAGCCUUCCAGGCGGAGGAGUCCCCUGGUGUCAUCUACUGCAUCAGCAUGCAGUGGUUUCGGGAGUGGGAGGCCUUUGUCAAGGGCAAGGACAAUGAGCCCCCUGGGCCCAUUGACAACAGCAGGAUUGCUCAGGUCAAAGGAAGCGGCCACAUCCAACUGAAGCAGGGAGCUGACUACGGGCAGAUUUCAGAGGAGACCUGGGUCUACCUGAACAACCUGUAUGGUGGCGGCCCCGAGAUCGCCAUCCGACAGAGUGUGGCCCAGCUCCAGGACCCAGAGAGCCUGCAUGGGGAGCAGAAGAUCGAAGCCGAGACCCGGGCCGUGUGACUUGGUGGGCCAGUCUUCUCUCGAAGCAGAUGUGGCUGGAAUUCCGGCAGAGCCCCGGCAGCUGGUGCGGCACGUAGCUCACUCUGCAGUCCUUCUACCCGGUUCCUUCCCCACCGAGGCAGCAUGUGAUCGAAGAACAAGCCGCUCUGGAGUCCCUUGACAUUUGCUACAGUCUUUUGGUGAAAGUUCCUGCUGCAGCCAGCGGGCGACCCCAUGGUGGGGCUGGGUGGCCACACGUCGUCACCCUGCUGGUGGCAGGUUCUGCACCAGGUUGUCAACUCGCCGCCCCAUCGGCGCGGCCUCGUCGGUGUUCAGAAUGUCCUAAUAAAUACAUACGCGUUCCCCACA